UUCGUGGUGGUUCCUCCCUGGCCUUUCCUCAUGGUUCCUUCCUGGCCAUUCGUGGUGGUCCGUCCUUCCCUCAUGGUUCCUUCCUCUGGCCGUUCAUGGUGGUCCUUUCCUUUCCUUUCCUCGUGGCUCCUUGCUGGCCUUUUUUCGUGGUUCCUUGCUGACCUUAGUUCCUCCUUUCAUUCAUCUCUCCACUAUCUUUUCCUGUUUUCUUUUUGUCCUGUAACUACAUAUGUAGUAUUUAAAUAUAAAUAAAAUUAAUUUGCUUCACAAAA